CCCGCUAACUCUCUGAGAACGAGGUGCACAUUGACUGCAGCCGAGUUUCAUCACCAUCACGGUGCAGACAUUGCAGUCGCCUUGCGCCUUCCCGCAUUCAUUCUGGCACCCUGAAAUCCUGUCUCUGAGAAAAAAUAUUUGGUAGCUUUGCGGCAUCGAUAUAAUGCCAUAGGGCGUGUUCUACUGCUUUCAUACAUGCAGACCGUCUAUGUAUUACACGCAUAUACUGACUCUUACGGGCGACUCGGGCUUAUGAGGGGUUGACGGAGGGGUGUGGUGAGAGCGGACUGGCGACACCGUCUGGCGAAAGUGAAUCAAUGGCGGGGGAUGGCGAAAGCGGACUAACAACGGAGGGUACACCUUCGCGCGCGUCCUUGAAGAGAUACGUGUGCUACAGGCACGGAUCGAAAAGUUGUAUGAGUGAGGGGCUUUGGGGAGGAGUUGAAUGCAAACUGAUGCGCUGGUUUUUUCUUAGGUUGGGAUUUUUGUGAGGGGGACACGAGAUAUUAUGGGAUCCGUGUCCCAGGUAGCAAAAAGUAAGUACAAGAAGUCAUAUCCAUUCAGAACACCAAAUAGAUAGCGUAACAAGACUAAAUAUCACAACGAAAGAAAGAAAUAUACAUGCUA